GAUAAAUGAAAUGAACAUCCUUUACCAAAACAAGAAAAAAACAUUGCUCCAAAAAAAAAACAUUGCUCCAUUUCAUAGACGUUGAGCCUUUAACCUCCCUAACUAACCCUCUCAGAUUUCCUCACGCGCCUCCAAACGCUUUUCCUUCACUUCUAACAUCUGCAGGUACUCAAUAAGAUUCAUACACGUUCAGUCUCGCAUCACACCCUUUUGAUCCUAAAAUCUAGCACCCUUGAUCCUCUAAUGGGAUUUUGAUAAAUCAACGUUUUUUUGUCCCUGGAUUUGGAAAACAGCUUGUUCCAUGGAAGGUUUGGUGAGUUCUGGGAUCAACACAGUUCGUGUUUUUAGCAUUACAAACCACCAAUCUCGUUUUCUUCCUUCAUCAACUCUGCAUCUCAGGAAUAAUAGUUUGUGUGGAUUUGGAAUUGGAGUUGAGAAGAAGAAUAAACAGUGUUCCGUUGUGGCUGCUUCUGUUGGGGGCUCCAAAGUGGGCCAUUUUGAGAACACACUCCCUUCCAAAGAGGUUCUUGAGCUUUGGAGAAAUGGUGAUGCUGUGUGCUUUGAUGUGGAUAGCACUGUGUGCUUGGAUGAAGGGAUUGAUGAACUUGCUGAAUUCUGUGGGGCUGGAAAGGCAGUGGCUGAAUGGACUGCUAGAGCAAUGGGUGGUUCUGUUCCGUUUGAGGAAGCCUUGGCUGCUAGGCUGUCUUUGUUCAAUCCCUCUUUGUCCCAGCUUCAGAAUUUUCUUGAACAAAAGCCACCAAGGCUUUCCCCUGGCAUUGAAGAGUUAGUCCAGAAGUUGAAGGCUAAUGGCAUAGUUGUUUAUCUGAUCUCUGGUGGCUUCCGUCAAAUGAUCAAUCCUGUUGCAUCAAUACUUGGGAUUCCACAAGAGAAUAUUUUUGCCAAUCAACUACUUUUUGGAAGCUCUGGAGAGUUUCUGGGGUUCGAUAAAAAUGAGCCUACUUCAAGGAGUGGAGGAAAAGCUGUUGCUGUCCAACAAAUCAAGAAGGCUAAUGGUUUCAAAACUUUAACUAUGGUGGGGGAUGGUGCAACUGAUUUUGAGGCUCGUAAACCAGGUGGUGCUGACAUGUUCGUUUGCUAUGCGGGUGUUCAACUUCGAGAAUCUGUUGCUGCAAAAGCUGAUUGGCUAGUUUUCAAUUUUAAAGACCUCAUAAAUUCGUUAGGGUAACUUUUUAUUUUUCUUUUUUCAUUUGUUUCCUUCUGAGCCGGCAUGGGGAGUUUCCUAUAUUCUAAGAGGAUGGGAAUGCAGUCACCAUCUCACUGUUUUAAAUUUUUUUAGACUUAUGUUUUAUUGAUUUUUUUAAUGUAUAAAAAAAUAUUUAGCGGGGGAUUCUCUACACUUGAAAAAGUGUGUAGAAACCUUUCGGAUGAUAGAAGAGUGAGAAAUCGAAUAAAUGUACAUUUGAUGGCUUUUCUUACUAAUUGCCAUUAAAUUUUAUUCUUGGUGAA